AUGGUGCUUUCGCUCCCUGUCCCGAGUUUCUCCAGAUCCACCUCCACCUCCCCCACGCUCCGAUCCAGCAACAGCAACAGCAACAGUAACCAGUCCACGACCCUCAGCGAGGCUCUCCGCAACAAUCCCUUCGGAAACACCUCACGAUCCCGCGCCAUAGCCGCCCUCACCUCAUCCACGCAGACAGAAAACCAGCGCCAGGAGCAGGAGGAGCUCAACAACGCACUGGAGACACUGGCCCGGAUCUUCCCGGACGUGAAAGUCGAGGUCUUCCGCGAACUCUUGGUGCGGUUUGACGGCCAGAGCCGGCUGCAGGUCUGCGUUGAGCAGCUGCUCCGACACAAGAAUGAGUGGGUGGCAGGGCGAUGGAAUGUCCCAGCAGAAAGCGGCAGGCUUGACCACGACGACGGAGACGCGCGCGUGGUGCCGCCCGAGGAGCGGUUCCGGAGCGACGAGUACAAGGCUUCUGUUAAGGUGGUGCUGAGCAAGGAGUUCAGCGCGCUGAGUCGGAGUACCGUGGAGGCGGUACUGGCGGAAGCGAACUUUUGUUACGUGCGGGCGCGGCCGACGCUGAAGGAGCUGUCGAGGAGGACGUGGCGGGCGACGUUCAAUAGUCUCUUUCCUUCGUUUAAGCGCAAGAAAGACAAGGAUGAGCAUCCGAUGGUUGUGUGGCAGCGGCGAGCGGAUGGGGAGGUGGUCCCGAGGCUGAAGGAGACGGGCUGUGCGGAGUUGGACCGGGAGCUGCACGAGGCGUUGCUGGCGCCUCUGCUGCGAGCGAUGCAGGAGGUGCAGGAGGAGAGGGAUUUCCGGCUGGCGGAGGAACUUAAUGUGCGGGAAGCGCAGGACGUUGAGGCUUUGUAUGAGUGCGAAUGUUGUCUGGCGGAUGUGACGUUUGAGCAGAUUUCUGCUUGCUCAGCUAGCUCCCAUAUCAUCUGCUACAGCUGCAUACAGCGGACGAUCCAUGAGGCCCUGUUUGGUCAGGGAUGGGGGAAAUCUGUGGAUGUCGAAAGGUCCACUCUGAGGUGCAUUGCGCCAAUUGCCCAAGGGAGCAGCUGUGACGGGAGCUUGAGCCCGGAGAUCGUUAAGCGGGCCAUUCUCCUGGAAAAAGCCGGGUCGGAGACCUACCGCAAGUUUGAGACCCGGUUGGCCUCAGAGUCGCUUCUCAAAUCCCAGUUGAAACUCGUUCGCUGUCCGUUCUGCUCCUACGCUGAGGUCGACCCGGUGUACCAUCCUCCCUCCAACGGAAUCGCCUGGCGCUUUCGCCGCGAUGGGCUCCUGUCUACGGUCUUGAUGGCCAUUGUACUUCUUGAUAUGAUACCCUUGCUUGCCAUACCGCUGCUGAUUCUGUGGCUGCUGGAACCCACUGCUGUUUCUUCUAUUCUCAAAAACUCCCUACUCAAUCUCAGUCUCAAGGUCAGACCUAAACGAUUCACCUGUGCUAGUCCGCUCUGUCGUCGCGUCAGCUGCAUCACCUGUCAGAAACCGUGGCGCGAUCCCCAUAUUUGUCAUGAACCGCUUUUGCUUGAUCUUCGCGCCACCGUCGAGGCAGCGCGUACCGCUGCCGUGAAGCGUACAUGCCCGCGAUGUGGGCUGUCUUUUGUCAAAUCGUCCGGCUGCAACAAAUUAACCUGUGUCUGCGGAUAUUCCAUGUGCUAUCUUUGCCGCAAAGCGCUUGGUCCAUCCCCACCGGCAGCAGGGCAACGUCGCGCUCUCGAGGGCCCGGGAAUCAUCAACCAAGAGAAUGUCGCGCCCGGACUGGAUGGCAACGAUGAACAUGCAGAUGUCCCGGAAGGAGAUGAACCUGCUGAAGGCUAUAGACAUUUCUGCGAGCAUUUCCGCCUCAACCCCGGCUCGCGCUGUGGGGAAUGCAACAAAUGCGACCUGUACCAGGCCGAAGACGAAGAAGCUGUUGCGCGGCGCGCGGGCGAGCGUGCAGAGCGAGAGUGGCGCGCGCGGCAGGGCAUUACGGCCGGUGCUGUCGGUGUGGGUGCUCUACAGGUGAACAAGGAUUUCUCAGCCGUAGACAGCCACAAAAACACCUGGGGAAUUCCGUUGCAGGGCCAGGGCCACGGAUGGGACUACUGGCUGAACGAGGUGUGGUGUGACGGGCGAUGGAAGAUGGAAGGACAGACCCUGGUCGAUUGGCUGGUGGAGCAGGUGGUUGUUAUCGAGCAGAUAUGA